AUGUUGACAAAGGGAUUGGAGAAGGCUGGCGAGGAGACGAUGCUGGAGGUGAUUCAAGAAAAGAUGGCAAAGGCGAAGGAGAACAAAGACUUGGAAAGGGGACAAGCAACGACGAUAUAUGGCAUUGGGAAGGGGAUCUUGAAGAAGGAACGACUUGAAGGAGCGAGAUUGCGCAAGUUGCACUUUCCGUCAAUCAGAAGUGAAGAUCAAAACGGGCAACUACGACGUGGAACGGGCAAAGACAGGGGAGCUCACAAGAUAUCCGGCCGCUUGGGACUGGGAAGGCGCGAUGGUAUGAUAUGCACUCAGGUUGGAUUGGGCGGAAGGAACCACCACCCUCCCACACACACACACAUAAGGUCGCCAGGAUGGGUCGGUGGUUGUCAGUCGUUUCUCGUCCAGCCGUUGACUUGUUCCCCCAUCAUCACUCUCGAGUGUGCAUCGCCACAGACAAAAUACGACGAGCACACAGACAAGUUGCUCCCGAGAACAAAGCUGGCGAAACGCACACGUAACAGCCUGCCUUGA